GAACCUGGCUGCUGUAUCUGCCGUGCACCUGGAGCAUUGGUUUGGCAGCGGAACCGGGUUGCUUUCCAGACUGGUACAUGCUCUCCCUCUUUGGCACAGGAGCUGUUCUGAUGCGCGGAGCAGGCUGUACUAUUAAUGACAUGUGGGACCAGGACUAUGAUAAAAAGGUUGUAAGAACAGCAAAUCGCCCAAUAGCAGCUGGAGACAUUUCAACUUUCAAAUCCUUAGUUUUUCUUGGAGGACAGCUGACCUUGGCAUUGGGUAUUCUUCUGUGUCUGAAUUACUACAGUAUAGCUCUGGGAGCAGCGUCCUUACUUCUUGUCGUCACCUACCCACUAACGAAGAGAAUCACGUACUGGCCUCAGCUAGCCUUGGGGCUGACUUUUAACUGGGGAGCAUUACUCGGAUGGUCUGCUAUCAAGGGUUCCUGUGAUCCAUCUGUUUGCCUGCCUCUUUAUUUUUCUGGAGUUAUGUGGACACUAAUAUAUGACACUAUUUAUGCCCAUCAGGACAAAAGAGAUGAUGCAGUGCUUGGUCUGAAGUCCACGGCACUGCGGUUCCGGGAGAACACCAAGCAGUGGCUCAGUGGCUUCAGCGUGGCCAUGCUGGGAGCACUGGGCCUGGUGGGAGUGAACAGUGGUCAGACCGCGCCCUACUAUGCUGCUCUGGUCACCGUAGGGGCCCACCUGGCCCACCAGAUUUACACCCUGGAUAUCCACAGAUCUGAGGACUGUUGGAAUAAAUUUAUCUCCAACCGAACAGUAGGACUAAUAAUUUUCUUAGGCAUUGUCCUUGGCAACUUGUGCAAAGAAAAGAAGACCGAAGAAACAAAAGAAAAUGAAGAUAACAGAAUAGAAAGUUAGCAAAUGAAGUUUAUCUAGGCUUUAUUACAGCAAAUUUUUGCAAGAUGCACUCAGAUUCUAAUAAGCAAUCUACUAGGAUACGUUAAGGAAUUAAGAAUCAGAAGAUGAAUAUUUAGAGCAUGCUUGCCUCUACUUUAAUUCAACUAUUUGCUAGCAAAAUUCUUCCCAUCACAGGAAGACUACAGGAUUCGAGAUGACUGAAUGUUGGAGUUGAUGUGCUCCUCUGGCUGUUAUAAUUCUCAUUGGAAGUUAUGGGAAUUGUAUGAGUUUUCGCAUCUUAGAACAAGCCUGUUGUGUAUCUUACCUAAACGUGUGUGUAGCACAAUGGACUCUCCUUUUUCUUAGAGAAAAAUAAGCUGCUAUGGAAAGUUGGGACUUGCUGUUCUUUAUUGUGACCUUCACUCCUAUACUUCAAGAAGCCACUCUGGUUUUUGUUUUAGGAGAAUUUAAGCAAAUAAACAUUUUUACCUUCCAUACUGCUGUUGUUACCCACCUGGCCCUUAUUGGGGAUCUGGUCUCUGUGAACAGCCACAGUGACCAGAAGAGGCAAGCAGGCAAUCACAGGGACUAUUUUAAUUUCUGUAUAUUUAUCUUAUACAAUUACAACUUAUAGGACCAUGGCA